CUCUCUUCUCUCUCUGCAAAGGUACGCAGCAGAGCAGAACUACCCUGCCCGAGAUCUCUGCUUCCUCAAUUCCCUUCUUUCUUUCUUUUCGUAUUAUAGUUGACUAGUGUAAUUGGAUUGGAUAUAAUUCAUAUUAAUACUAUCAUAUUUCCUUUCCUUUCCUUGGAUUGGUUUGGUUUAAAUUAUUCUCUAUCAAAAUUAUAUCUUUGUAUAUAGUUUCAAGGAUUGUGCGUUAUUUUUGUUCUUGGUCAAAGUAAAAAGAUUGAAAGAAGAAGAAAGGUUGUGAAGUGGGGGGAAAAACAAAUAUGUCCGCUGCCUUGACCGUGUUGUCGAUUUUCUUGGCAAUUUCCACGGUGGUGUUUUUGUCGGCGGCGGUUGUGCUCUGUGAUUUUCCAUCGAUCCUUACGCUCGAAAGGGCUUUUCCGACGAGUCAUGGAGUAGAAAUGAGUCAACUCAGAGACCGUGACAGGGUAAGACAUGGCCGAAUCUUGCAGUCUUCUGGUGUUAUCGAUUUCCCUGUUGAAGGCACAUACGAUCCAUUCCUUGUUGGGCUUUACUUCACAAGGGUUCAAUUGGGAAAUCCUCCAAAGGAUUUCUAUGUUCAAAUAGAUACAGGAAGUGAUGUGUUGUGGGUCAGUUGCCGUUCUUGCAAUGGAUGCCCAACUGGAAGUGGGCUACAAAUUCCACUCAACUUCUUCGAUCCUUCCAGUUCAUCAACUGCACAAUUGAUCUCUUGUUCGGACCAACGAUGCUCACUUGGAGCGCAAUCUUCGGAUUCACUUUGCUCUACACAGAAUGACCAGUGCAGUUACACGUUCCAAUAUGGAGAUGGAAGUGGAACAUCGGGCUACUAUGUUUCUGACCUCAUGAUUCUCAACACAGUUGUUGGGAGUUCUAUAACUUCAAACUCUUCAGCUCAUGUUGUUUUCGGGUGUAGCAUGUCACAAACGGGGGACUUGACAAAGUCUGAUAGAGCAGUUGAUGGGAUUUUUGGGUUUGGGCAGCAAAGCAUGUCUGUCAUCUCGCAACUUGCUUCUCAGGGUAUAGCCCCUAAUGCAUUUUCCCAUUGCUUGAAGGGAAACAAUGGUGGAGGUGGAAUAUUGGUUCUUGGUUCUAUUGUCGAGCCAAAUAUGGUUUAUAGUCCCCUCGUGCCAUCUCAACCCCACUAUAAUUUGAAUCUUCAAACCAUUGCCGUCAAUGGGCAAAUACUGCCCAUUGAUUCUUCAAUUUUUGCAACAUCAAACACCCGGGGCACCAUAAUUGAUUCAGGAACGACUUUAGCUUACCUUGCAGAAGAAGCUUAUGAUCCCUUUGUUAGUGCGAUUACUGCUUCUGUUUCCCAAACAGCACGACCUAUGGUCUCAAAAGGAAUUCAAUGUUAUCUUAUAACUUCAAGUGUAUCCGAUACAUUUCCAUCUGUCAGCUUAAACUUCGCUGGAGGAGCAUCCAUGAUUCUAAAACCUCAAGACUACCUUCUUCAGCAGACUUCUAUUGGUGGAGCUGCGGUUUGGUGUAUUGGCUUUCAGAAGAUCCCGGGCCAAGGAAUAACAAUCUUAGGAGAUCUCGUUCUUAAAGACAAGAUAAUCGUAUACGAUUUGGCCAACCAACGAAUCGGAUGGGUCAACUACGACUGUUCGCAAUCUGUAAACGUGUCAGCAUCAACUGGCACUGGGAAAACUGAAUUUGUGAACACGGGACAAUUUGGUAGGAACAGGUCACAACGAAACGAACCCACAUGCGAGCUGAUGAUGGCAGUUGUUUGCUUUCUAUUGUAUCUUUUAAACAUGUCUGGUUUUUCGUUUUUGUAACAUAUUGAUGAUUUAAGUAAUGAUGGCAUUUGUCUUUGUAUGUAAUGAGGCUGAUCACUCCCAUUCUUGAUGGGAAAAGCGUAGUUAUUUAUGGAAAUCUGUAUUUUUUUAACCUUUGUAUUAACUUUAGAAAUACUUUAUCAUCAUAUGGUAUACACAUUGAAAUGAUUUUCCAAUUUUAGGAUUGGAUUGUUGUAAGAGUUGUACAAUGAAUGAUUCAUAUAUUAUAUGGUUUUGCAUUUACAUG